UCCGUUUUUUUUUUUCCUUAAGUAGAACAGGGAAGGGAUCUGACUGAUUAUGCUGUUUUGUUGAUCUGAUAAUGUCAUGUUUGCAGACACCAAUUUCUGAAAAAAAGUAAACAUUUCAGAAGAAUUUUACCUGAAGUGGCAAAUGUCAAUAAACACCAGCUCAGUGAGUUCCUGUUUGUGUGGGACAGGUACUUUUUUAGUUUAGUUUUUUUUUUUUUUUUUCAUAGAUGCAAACUCCACACCUUUUUGAGAUCAAAAUCGGUCACCUAUGAGAUUUGCAUAGUAUGGAACAGCUUUUAAUCAGCAUAUAGAUCCAGCUUCGUGGCUUCAUUUUUAACAGCAUACUAGAGCCUUGAAGACCAGAGAAAGAGAAAACAAGGAGAAAAAGAAAAGUCAGGCUGACAAGGUCAAUCUCAUAUUCAGAAACAAGAAUGUCCAGUACCGUCAUACCCACAAACUCUGGGACGCUGAUCUUCCAGUUUCAGCAACCAGAACAAACGGCAUCAGCUGAAAGAGGGACAAAUGCUCCAGUGACUGUUCAUAUCCCACAGGCAGCUUCACUUCCUCAAGGACUUGAGGCCUUUCUGAAAGGACAACCUAAAGCACUUGGGACUGUCCAGAUAAUGAUCGGCCUGCUGAUUCUCCUGUUUGGCAUUGUGUCUACAGUCCAUGCAGAAUCCAUCUUUGUCUUCAGUGGUAUUCCUUACUGGGGAUCUCUGAUCUACAUUACCGCAGGAUCACUGAGCAUUGCUGCAGAAAAUGCACUCCAUGUCAAAGGCUCCUCCAGUCUGUGUUUGGUGAAAGGUUCACUUGGAAUGAGCAUCAUAAGUGCUAUAACUGCAGGCAUUUCCAUUAUUAUACUUUCACUGGAAUUGAUAAUUGGACCAUUGGACUUUUACUGCAGUGGUUAUCAAUGUUAUUAUUAUUCGGCUUUCAAGUAUGAGACACUCUUCCGGGGGAUCAGUGGUGUGUCUUUGGUAUUCACUCUCCUUGAGUUCAUCAUCUCCAUCUGUCUGUCAGCAUUUGCCUGUAAAGCCAACGCCUGCUGUUCUCCUCAGGUGCUGAAUGUUCACCAAGUUGUAAUUCCACAGUCCUACCAGUCACAUGAUCUUAACCAGUCACAUGAUCUUAACAAAUCAGAUGAUCUUAACCAGUCAGAGGGUCCUCUGAUCAUCGACCUUUUCAUGAAUCACCGUGCUGCAGAAAAUCCCCCACAAUACAGUGAAUGUUCUGCUCCUAAAUAUGAAUCUUAAAAAGUGGACAGAGCUGUGGUCCUGCCGUGGUUUUACUCUU